AGAGUUUAUAAAAAAAUGUCGGGUGGAACGAAGCGCAUAUAUGAUGCUCGAUCGCAAUAUACAGAUCGUACAAAAACCAAUGAAAAUUCGUUUUCGCCAUUGACUGUGAUUAUGAAAAACCUUGAUACGAGUCUGCUGCUGUUAAGUUCCAAGGAGGAACCGGUAGUGCAGCAAGUACUCAAUCACUUAGCAGACUUUGCUCGCAAAGCGGACCAGAAUAUAGAGGAUUUGAAGGAACAAAAUUUGUUGGAGUUGCUGGUAUACAAGGAUCUAUUUAUUAAUGCGGAUAGUGUGAUUAUCCGUCGUUUUACCUUGUACCUUAUCACGGUGCUGAUGGACCGCACGCAACUGGGCGAGCUUCAAACUGAGCAAACGGCACAGCUGCUCGAGGUGGGCUUCAGGUUCUAUCUGAAGGAGAUCGAUGAGUUUUGCAUCGAGUAUCUGACGUACAUAAUAAAUCUGUGCCUGCGCGAUCCUAAAAUCGCGCAGAACACACUCGAAAAUGUUGAAUUUCUAGAAAAAUUCAAGAUAAUUUUCAUUAGCUCGGAUAAUCCCGACACUGUGGUCAAUUCCAUUGAGGCAAUGCAUAAAAUUCUACAGAUUCAAAGCGCCAAAGAGAUGCUGGAGUUUACCGCUCUACCCGGAUUCCCCAUAGAUCGUGUCAUCUGUGAGCUGACCAACGAUUUCUUGCAAAUCCGCCUGGCCGCCAUUAAGGUACUAAAAAUUCUACUGGCCGACACCAGCGAGGAGAGUGUUUUUGAGCCACUGCAUCGUUGUUUCUUCGUGCUGCAGCAGCUGGUCAAAGCCUUCUGUGCAAAUCCAAAGGCACCCGAUGCUCUUGGCAUUAUCGAGGUGUUAGCGACGGCGUUGCGGUCCGAGAAAAUGACGAAGCUCUUCUUCGAACAGAAUCUCUUUGACCAGAUGGUGGAGCAUCUGAACGAAGACGUAGACAUGUUGGCUCCAGAAGUCGUGUGUACCAUCAUUUCCAUAUUCGCCGAGGCGGCUAAAUAUCAAUACUAUCUGGCACGCAUCCACAGUGCCAGAAUUACUGAGAUGUUCCUCAAGUGCCUCUUGAAGAGCAAGCCGGAGCCAUCACCAUUCGUUAUCAUGGGUUUAAAUCGCAUGACUGUGCAUCCGGAUGCACUGCGCACCAUUGUCGCCGGGUACGAGCAUGGGGUACUGGAUCAGCUUGUGGCCCUGGUGCAAGCGGCGGAGGUGUCCAUUAAGACCCGCGAACAGGCCGCCGAGUUCAUUGGGAAUCUCUUGGUCAGUUCUUUCCGAACCACGGCUGACCAGCUAAUGGUGAUGAACAUCUCUGAAGCACUUGCCAAGACCAUAGAGCAAGGAUUGCCGGAAUUAUCGAUAGAUCUAAUAUUGUCGGUGCUGGCGAUCAUCGAGACUUUGGCACAGAAUGAUGAGCAUCGCAAGAUAAUGGGCGAAUAUACACCACUCACUGAGCAAAUUGCCCAAUUACUUAUGGGCUCAUAUGCACACUCCAUAUUGGUUCACAACAUAUUCCGCUGCCUGUGCACCAUUGUCGACGAGGAGCCUGUUCGCGAGAUUCUUAUGAAGAAUUAUAUCGUAUCCUCGAUCAAGCGAGCCCUAAAAUCCGUAUCGAAUCUGGUCAAGACCGCUGUUACCAAUUUUAUACUGCAGACCACACGUUUCAAUGAAUUCGUAGAUGCGUACAUUGAUCGCGGCAUUCUCGAGGUACUGAUGAAUUUCCAGAAGCACGCGUUCUGUGUGUCCACCUGGGGUCCGGCUAUUGAAAGCAUUCUGGCCAAGUGCCCCACCAUGAAGUUCUGCAUUCGCAACCAUUUGGGCUUUACGGACGUAACCGCUGGAAAGGAUUUCUAUGUGUCCAAGCGCAAGUUUGAGGAUUUCCGGUGCUUUCAGAACAUAUUGAGGCAAGACUGCUCACCGCUGGAGACCGUGCUUGUGGUGAACUUUGACCGCCCCUCAGCGGAUGAGAGAGAUCUGAUUUGUGUGCCGCUACAUUGCCUGCAUGACAUUGAUAUCGGUGGCGAUCAGAAAUGGGCCUACUGCAAACGACCCGGCGACCGAAAGCUACCCGAAUUUCUGGAGGCACUGAAUGAGACUUUGGCAUUAAACGGCCUUGUGGAGAAUCCUGAUAAAAUCAGGCGCAGCAUUGAUUUUGAGAACGUGGCCAAGCGCAGCAAGAUUAUUGCUGAGGCGGUGAACAGCGUUAUGAGCGUGGAUAUCAAGAUACUCGAUCUGAACACCACAGAGGAGUGUUCCCGCCACACAGUGCGCUGCCAUCUGGAGAAUCUGCGUCACGUCUUCCACACCAACUUCAUACCACUGGGUGAGGUGCAGAGCGGAUGCCAGUUCGAGCGUGCCGUUCUCUUCAAGUGCUUCGCCGAUCAGAUUGGUCUGCCCUGCACCCUGCAGCGCAGUGUGGACGGACGAAUGCUGUACAACGAGGUCCCGCUGCCACUUGAACUGGAGAAGGAUAUACACUGCGAUAAGAAGACGCUGAAGUUUAUGCCCUGGCGCAUGCUGCGUCCGACCCACAUCGUUGAUCUUAUGUACAACAUUGGCGAACUCUAUCCCAUGCAGAGCCGCCAAGCACUUCAGUAUUUGCGUCUCUAUUGAAAUCAGUUUUUAUAGUUGUGGGACUUUCAAAAUUUUUAGCCCCUAUAAAUAUUCUAUAGUAUUAUAUUGGGCAAAGCUAUUAAAAUGAAUCGUUUAUAAUAUUUGCUUUAUCGGAUUGUCGGUCAAAAAUUAAGACAAAUAUUUUGGAAUGACAACUCUUAAGUUCUUAUAAAAAUUUUAUGAGAUACUAC